AUGGGGAUGGCCGAGGACAGGUGGGACUCUCCGGACAACGAGGAAGGUCCUGGCAUUGCCAGCCUGUUCUGCCCAGCAAGGUUCUCAGCAAUCAAUGGUGGCAGCCACACGCUACAAUCCAGAACCGAGACAACACCGUCGCCCGCCAACAACGCUGACAAUGGUCACGCAAGGUACAUCGCAUACACGCUGGUGCCCGUGUUCUUCAUCAUGGGUCUCUUCGGCGUCCUCAUCUGCCACCUGCUCAAGAAGAAGGGGUACCGGUGCACCACCGAGGCCGAGCAAGAAGCCGAAGAGGAGAAGGUGGAAAAGAUUGAGCUGAAUGACAGUUUAAAUGAAAACAGCGACACUGUGGGGCAGAUUGUCCACUACAUCAUGAAAAAUGAAGCAAAUGCUGAUGUUUUAAAGGCAAUGGUGGCAGAUAACAGCAUGGUUGAUCCUGAAAGCCCCGUGACCCCCAGCACACCUGGGAGCCCACCCGUGAGCCCUGGUCCCUUGUCUCCAGGAAGCACGCCAGGGAAGCACAACUGUGGCCACCACCUGCACACAGUGGGUGGUGCUGUCGAGAGCGACGUGUGUCAUCGGUGCAGGCACAAGCGGUGGCACUUCAUAAAACCCACCAACAAGUCGAGAGAGCCGCGGGCAAGGCGCCAUGGGGAGGUCACCGUGCUCUCGGUUGGCAGGUUUAGAGUUACAAAAGUGGAGCACAAGUCCAAUCAGAAGGAGCGGCGGAGUUUGAUGUCAGUCAGUGGGGCCGAAGGCGUCAACGGGGAGGUGCCUGUGACACCCAUGAAGAGGGACCGGAGUGGCACAGAGUAGCAGGAGGAAUCGUUUGAAGACGUCUAGGAGACGGAAAACCUUACAAGCUAUGAAGUUGCCUAGGGAGUAUUUGAUAUCUUUUCUACAGUUUCUAUGAUGGCAUCUGCGAGUAUGUGGAUUGGACCGAACGGGGAAUAGUGUUCUAUGCUGGACAUGGACGUCUUUCAGCUUUGAAAGACGUUUUUGGUUAAAAUAUCUGAUGAAAAAUGUAUUCAUUCCCAGGAAAGGAAAGAGCCCAUAUUUGAUCUUCCUGACUACCCCUCCCAGGCCUCCGCCCUCUGGCCUGGCGCCGCUUUCUCCAUACAGUGUACAGUGGAGUUAGUCACGCAGUCUCAGCUCAUGCUGGGGUCUCAGGCACGUGCGUGUGUCUGAGGUCCUUCAACCUUCACAGCCGUUUUUGGAUACUGGUUGUAAGAAGACGCUCUUACAGUUGAACUGUUACAGCAGGUCACUCGUGAACCUGUGGAGGAGAUAGGU